AUGCCCACGAAGCCGCCCUUAAUGCUCUCGGCCAGAAUUUAUCUUCUGCGAUUUGUGGUUCCAUUAUGCAUAGCCUCACUGUUACUCCUCUUCUCCGGCCCAUUUGUUUGGGCUUACAGACAGGCGCCAAUUAGACCUCAGCAUUGGUUUGCGCUGGGUGUGUUGGCUAUCCUCAUUUUUUGUAGGACACUCAACCUGGACCCAGUUUAUGGACUUUUUGACCUGCCACUUCUGCUGCUUGAAGUAGCAGGUAUUGGAUAUUAUAUUCCAUUCAUCAUCAAAUCCAUGCCUACAGUGGAAGGGCUUACUCUCACACAGAGAGACUUGACAUCAAGUCCUAUAUGGCAUUAUGGGCAGCGACCACCAGUCAAAAAUUGCUUAGUCAUUUACUGUGCUCUUGCAAUCUUUCUCCUCCUUGAAGCACUUCUUCGAAUGGGAUCUUUGAUCCUUUAUCUCUCUCAACACCAUGUUUUAUUGCAGCAUCGAGCUCUCACUUCAGAAGACAGUCUUAAACCCUACCAAAUUAUGUUUGGUAGAUCUACAUCUAUCACAUUUUUAAAUGGAACCACUAUGCCAAAUAUGUCCACCAAAUAUUAUAUGACAUCGACUCAAAUGAAAUUUGCAGUUUCUGGAAGAAAUUUUCUUCUACGAGUUGUCCUCCUUUCAUCUUUGGCAUGCAUGGGAUUGCUCCCUUCUGUAUGGCAACACUUGAACCCACCAGAUUUUGUUUGGUUUUCAAUGCUUGUGUUUAUUAUACUGCAUCAUCUGGUCAGCUGCCUUAAUUUGGAGUUUGAAUAUGGCUUUGCCGAUCUUCCUGCCCUGUUCUUUGAAAUCACAACUUACAUGACAGAACUAGGGUCAAUCAAUCCAUGGUCAUACACAUCAGUGACCCUGUAUACUAUUCUAGCCUGGGUCAUCUUCAUCAGCCUGUUGCUUGAAGUGCUCAUUUGGGUAGGAUGUGUGGCUCUCUACAUCACUCAACAUGUUUGGAGCUCAACAACUCCAAACUUUUUGGGACAAGAAGUUUCUAAACCUUACAAUGUCUUGUUUGGCCAUGCAGUAUGGAGGAAACAUUUCAGUGGAGAGACCAAUACACUCCUAUUAUCAAGAGGAUUAUUUGCAACCAUCUUGAUUCUUACACUUCUCUCCUCCUUGGUCAUCAAUGUUUUUCUAGGUCCCAUUCAAGAAACUCGCAUUACACCAACAAAAGAUUUCCGUUCACUUGAACUACCUUGGCUUUUGGUAGGUGACACAUUGGCAUGGAAUGUGAUCCUGGCCACUCCAACAUAUAUCAUAGAAGAUGUUUCAAGUAUAGCCAAUGUAAUACCAUUGUGGAGUGGUGUGGAUCUUCAAAGCAAUUCACCAUGCCUUCAUAAUCCACUGGCAACAUACCUCUUACCCAAUAGACCUUUUAUUCAAAUCGACACAUUCCACUGUUAUUCACAGCUAAUCUCAGUGCCAGACAUGGGAUUGCCUCUCUUCAUGUCAAGUUUACCAAACCUUCUCAUAACCGUCAACUUUACCAGCAUGGGCCAUCCAGUUGGCACAAUAAGCAACGCAUUUAAAAACUCUGUGCAGAUCAUGAUUGGUCUCACCAAUGAUACUCAGACUGUGGUUGACAGAACAGUCAGCACCACAAUACUUCCGGGGGUCAACCUGGUUGGUGUUGUCACCUGGGACUUGCGUCAGCUGUUAAAAAGUCCUCGCCUGUCUGCCUUUGCAAGUCUGUUUGAUUCUUAUGAAACUAUUUUGCUAUCACGGAUGCUCAGUGUAUAUCCUGAUCCUUUAGCACCAGAAAUUCCUCUCAUUCAGCAGAGUCCCAAUAUCUCCACCUUCCGUGUGUUCAUGUCAUAUGAUUUCUCAGAAACAAGGAUGUUGCAGGAUUAUAGAAGCAGGUCCGUUCUACAAGGCUUUGCCCAAGUUGGAGGUUUAUGGACCUUCCUAACGGGUGUUUUUGCGGCAAUAUUUGGAAGUACCAUCCUCCAAAUUGUGUUUGGUAGCAUUUCCGGAUUCCUUCUUUUUUUUCCCAUCUUUUCUGAGACUCUCUUUAGGAAUCAAACCAAUUUCAUUCCUUGGACUAGCCCACUCUAUGCAGCAGAAGAAAAUACGGAAGGCCUGCCACAAUGA